CUUCGUUUGCAAACCGCCAAAUAAAAACCACAGAAGAAGAAGCUUGUGUACAGGAUAUAUUCUGCACUACAAACAGGAAUGGAUAAAGUCAUAACCUGUUUCAACAAGUGCCCAGAUGCUUCGGUCCAUCUCAUCUGUUUUCCCUGGGCAGGUGGAGGCUCUAUCCAUUAUGCUCGCUGGGCCAAAACUCUCAACAGCUCUAUUGAAGUGUACUCCGUUCGACUGCCAGGCAGAGAAGGAAGAGCUAAGGAACCAUUUUUUCUAAAUAUGCAGGAAAUCAUUGAUGAGAUCAUCGGUGUGCUUCUUCCACAUCUCAGAGAAAAGCCAUUUGCACUCUUUGGACAUAGUUUUGGAGCUAUGACCUGCUUUGCUUUUGCCGAACAUGUAAAGAAGGUCUACAACCUUGAGCCGAUCCACAUGUUUCUCUCUGGAGCCUCCGCACCAUAUUCUGAAGCAAGACUGCAGGCACCAAGAAGAAGUCAUAUGUCAGAUCAAGAGUUUCUUGUGUGGGUCACUUCUAUUGGAGGCACACCACCAGAGAUACUGGCCAAUGCUGAGCUCGCCAAACUCUUCUUACCUGCGCUGAAAGCAGAUCUCUGUGUAGUGGACAAUUAUAGAUGUAGCAGACCAUCAACACCCUUCCUGUCAUGUCCAGUAUCAUGCUUCGACGGAAAAGAGGAUGCACCCCAUGACUUACAAGCUUGGAAGGACAUGACAAGUGGUGACUUCACUGUGCAGAUGCUUCCUGGAUCUCAUUUUUACUUGAAAGAAGCAGCAAAUGAAAAAUAUCUACUGGACCACAUCACAAAACAUCUUGAGACAGCAGAGAUGGACUAUUUAUAGAAACUCUGUAUUUCAUUAUCUAACUGCAAACAUGAUACAUUUAUGAUAUAACUACAAUUUAUUCCUAAUUCAUAUUCAACACAUUUUCGUGUCUGUGAAAAAAAAAAACUGAAUAAACGGAAAAUAAACCAAUUGAUGCCAAAAUAAUCAUUCCAUUAAUUGAGCACAGAAAUAUUCAUGACGUAUUUUGACCAAUAAAUCAUGAAUAACCUAGAUGUACACAGAUACAGUAAUGUUAGAGGAUAAAAAUAUGCUAUAUGAAAAUAAUUGUCAAGUAUUCAACGCAAAGCUGUAAAAAUUAGCUAAACUAAUUGUAUGUAUUUAAACAGAAUGAAUGGUUGAAUGAAAGGGGGAGGGGGAACUAUUAAUAACAUUUGUACAUUUUCUGAAUAAAA